GGGGCCUAGUGGCUGUGCUGCGCGGAGCUGGUGUCCGACGCGGCCCCUGCUGCUCCUCCACGCUUAGCCCCGCACCUGCUGCCCUCGUCCGGCCCGGAGCUCCGCGGCUAUGCGGCUGGCGCUGCUCUGGGCCCUGGGACUCCUGGGCGCGGGCAGCCCUCGGCCCUCCCCGCCGCUGCCAAAUAUAGGAGGUACUGAGGAAGAGCAGCAAGCCAGCCCAGAGAGGACCCAGAGUAGAUCCUUGGAGAACCAGGUUGUUCAGGACAGCCCUCCAAUUAACCUAACAGAAGUGCUUCAGACUGGUUUACCUGAGACCCUGAGGAUUGGAUUGGAGCUGGACGGUGAGAAUCAUAUCCUGGAGCUUCAACAGAAUAGAGAUCUGGUCCCUGGCCGCCCGACUCUGGUGUGGUAUCAGCCUGACGGCACCCGAAUGGUCAGCGAGGGGCACAGUCUGGAAAACUGCUGCUAUCGAGGACGAGUUCAGGGCCGCUCCAGCUCUUGGGUUUCCCUCUGUGCCUGCUCUGGGAUCAGGGGGCUGGUAGUCCUGUCCCCUGAGAGAAGCUAUACACUGGAGCUGGGACCUGGAGACCUUCAGCGUCCUCUCAUUGUUUCUCGGAUCCAAGACCUCCUCUUGCCAGGCCACACCUGUGCCCCAAGCUGGCAUGCAUUUGCGCCCACCGAGGCAGCACCAGACCUCCUUUUGGAACAGCACCACCUUCGCAGGGUGAGGAGGCAGACUCAGAGCCCAGACCCCAGGCUUAAGCGGGAUGUAGUAACAGAGACGAAAAUUGUCGAACUGGUGAUUGUGGCUGAUAAUUCAGAGGUCAGGAAGUACCCUGACUUCCAACAACUGCUGAACCGAACACUAGAAGUGGCCCUUCUGCUAGACACAUUCUUCCAGCCCCUGAAUGUCCGGGUAGCACUUGUGGGCCUAGAGGCAUGGACCCAGCGCGACCUGAUAGAGAUGAGCUCCAACCCAGCUGUCCUGCUAGACAACUUCCUCCGCUGGCGCCGGACAGACUUGCUGCCUCGACUGCCCCAUGAUAGUGCCCAGCUUGUGACUGUUACUUCCUUUUCUGGGCCCAUGGUGGGCAUGGCCAUUCAGAAUUCCAUCUGUUCUCCUGACUUCUCGGGAGGUGUGAAUAUGGACCAUUCCACAAGCAUCUUAGGAGUUGCCUCCUCCAUUGCCCACGAGUUGGGUCACAGCCUGGGCCUAGACCACGAUUCACCUGGGAACAGUUGUCCCUGUCCAGGUCCAGCCCCAGCCAAGAGCUGCAUCAUGGAGGCCUCCACAGAUUUCCUACCAGGUCUGAACUUCAGCAACUGCAGCCGACGGGCCCUGGAAAAAGCCCUCCUAGAUGGGAUGGGCAGCUGCCUCUUUGAAUGGCCACCCAGCCGGGCCCCUAUGUCCUCUUUGUGUGGAAAUAUGUUUGUGGACCCUGGAGAGCAGUGUGACUGUGGCUUCCCAGAUGAGUGCACUGAUCCUUGCUGUGACUAUUUUACCUGCCAGCUGAGGCCGGGAGCACAGUGUGCAUCUGACGGACCCUGCUGUCAAAACUGCAAGUUACAGCCAGCUGGCUGGCAGUGCCGCCUUCCCACAGACGAUUGCGAUUUGCCUGAGUUCUGCCUAGGAGAUAGCUCUCAGUGCCCCCCUGACAUCAGGCUUGGGGACGGUGAGCCUUGUGCUAGUGGAGAGGCUGUGUGUAUGCAUGGGCGCUGUGCCUCCUACACCCGGCAGUGCCAGUCGCUUUGGGGACCUGGGGCCCAGCCUGCUGCACCACUUUGCCUCCAAACAGCCAACACUCGGGGUAAUGCCUUUGGGAGCUGUGGGCGCAGCCCCAGUGGUAGCUACAUGCCUUGCAACCUUAGAGAUGCCAUUUGUGGGCAACUACAGUGCCAGUGGGGUAGGAACCAGCCUCUGCUGGGCUCAGUCCAAGAUCAGCUCUCGGAGGUCCUGGAAGCCAAUGGGACACAAUUAAACUGCAGCUGGGUAGAUCUGGACUUGGGCAAUGAUGUGGCCCAGCCUCUCCUGGCUCUACCUGGCACUGUCUGUGGCCCUGGCCUGGUGUGCAUCGGCCAUCGAUGCCAGCCUGUGGAUCUCCUGGGAGCACAGGAAUGCCGCAGCAAAUGCCAUGGCCAUGGGGUCUGCGACAGCAGCAGGCACUGCCACUGUGACGAGGGCUGGGCACCUCCUGAUUGCAUGACCCAGCUCAGAGCAACCAGCUCCCUGACCACAGGCCUGCUCCUCAGCCUCCUGUUGUUAUUGGUCCUCGUACUACUUGGUGCCAGCUACUGGCACCGUGCCCGCCUGCAUCAGCGGCUCUGCCAGCUCAAGGGAUCCAGCUGCCAAUAUAGGGCAGCCCAAUCCGGUCCUCCUGAGCGACCAGGACCUCCACAGAGGGCACAGCAGAUGCCAGGCACUAAGCAAGCUAAUGUCAGCUUUCCAGUACCCCCCUCCAGGCCGCUGCCACCUAACCCCGUGCCCAAGAAACUCCAGGCUGAGCUGGCUGACCGAUCCAAUCCCCCCACUCGCCCUCUGCCCGCUGACCCUGUGGUGUGGCGCCCAAAGCCUCAGGGGCCUACCAAACCCCCACCCCCAAGAAAGCCACUGCCCGCCAACCCACAGGGCCGGCCCCCGCUGGGUGACCUGCCUGGCCCAGGAGAUGGAAGCUUGCAGCUGGUAGUGCCUUCCAGGCCUGCCCCACCACCCCCAGCAGCAUCUUCGCUCUACCUCUGACCCCUCGAGAUUCGGCUGUCUCCUGCUCAGUUCUAGGACUUAAAGUGGAACCUCUGUCUGAAUCUCCCACAAAACACUAGAGAAGCAAAAGCUUAGACAAUAUGGCAUCCAGCCCUAAAGAACCACCAGGCGCUGUUCAGUAGUACCUGGGACCCACUGAAUUACCUGCAGCUGAGUGUUGGGAAGGGGCUGGGGCUGGAGUAGGUGGCGGAAGGACGUGAAUGUGGUCUGUCUCUGCUCUGUUGUAAUAAAUGUGAGGUCUUGGAAUAUG